GAGAAAUUGUUAACCACUUUCCGAAAGUGGUGUGUUGGACUCAUUCCGAACCACCGACUUCGGGAUUUGAGAAGUGGUGAUUACGGUCCAGGAUUCUUUUGGAUAAUGCUCACACCAAAGGAAUGGCUUACAGAUGACCAUAUAGAUGCAGCAAUGCAUAUGCUGAGGAGGCGACGCACCGACUAUCCACUGACAUUUCCUCAGAAGGGUAUCAUUCUCUCCACAUUCGUGACCGCCAUGAUCAGCAGUGCAUGGACGAGCCACAAGGGUCCGAGGAAAAACUUUAAAUGGGAGGAAUAUAUCCUGGACUACUGCACAGGGUUUCAUAAGUCCCAAGUCUUUGAGAGAUGGAGGGGUAACGAGUUUAUUUACUUCGUUCUGCACCUUCCCACGGCAAGACACUGGGUCACAGUUGAAGUCGACAUAGAGCUGUGGAAAAUUAAUGUCUACGACUGUGAUUCCAGCGUCUGUCAUUGGACCGCCAUGGAACCCAUCUUGAAGGUUUGGUCAGAACUGCUGCCCUCGCUAAUCCUUGCAACCGGGGAAUUUCCACAUAACAACCAGAUCAUGGCGUUAGCUAACGGUGACAUCACGGUGCUUCCAAAAAUGCACGCGACUCGAGCCACUCACGACUUAGUUCCGAAGUCAGCAACCAGUGGUGAUUGUGGAGUGUAUAGCAUUGAGUAUGUGGAGCAUCUCAUGAUGCAGCGUGGAUUGACCGAUGUGACGCCGACGGAUAGCCAUGUUUCGUCAACGGUGAAUGGCAAAUUCCCCAUCCUAACUCCUGAGGAGCUGAAGCAGGAGCCUGAUGUUGGCAUAGUUACUCCUGCAAUGCAGAAAGUUACGGACGCCGCUCGAGCUUUCGAAAGAGAGCGAAACGGUAACGAGUUCAGAGAAGCAAAUAAGUAG